GACCCGCUAUGAGUAAGACUUUAGCAAAACGUAUUAUUUAAAAUGCGCCUGAUAUGCGAAAAAGAAACUUGUAAUAUUAGUAAUCUCAUUCCACGUACUUUGGCCAAAUGUGUUUAAGCAAGUGCCAGUUUAAUUAUUGCAUGUCAGUCUUGGACAUCAAAUUUCGCCGACCACCUGGACCCCUUAAUUAGGCUAUAUUAGAUUUGACUGAUCCAAAGCUCUAAGUGACGUGAAUCAUUGAUGUUUUUAAACGGGUAACGCUUCUACCAACCGUAGAAUUAUAAUUUAGAUGAUCUUAGAAACACUUGCUUCGAAUCAUAUCAUCGCGACGUAGUGAGAACUUGCAUUAUAUGGAGUUACAGCAGACACUUUUUUUCUUUGCCAGGGAAAAUUACACGCAUCCUGAAAUUUCUGAACUGAAUUUAAAUUAUACAGAGCAGCAUGUUUGUUCGCUGCUGUAUGUCGAAGCAGGCAAAUCAUAUUGAAUUUAACUAUCUAUAAGUAAACAUGAAAUGUUUAGUUUUUGCCGCAGUUGGAAUUAUUUUAUUUUCAAGUCAGCUUGUCACAACAAGACGAGCCAGGGGCAGGUGCUCAAUCCCACCCAACGGUCGUCACUCUGUACCUGCACUCAAUUCUACAGCAACCAAGACUUACUACGAAUGUAAACCUGGAUAUAAAUACAAAGGAGGAGAUUUAUCUGUCACCUGUCACAGUAAUGGAUCGUGGAUUGGAUCAGCAAUGAAUUGUGAAGAUGCAUAUAAUUGCUACAAUAGUACAGCACCAUGCAUGAACGGCGGAUCGUGCAGAGAGUUGUCUCCAAGCUUUGAAUGUUCUUGUGUGAGAUCGUUCUAUGGUUCGCUGUGUGACGAAGCCGACGGUAGUUGGGGUAAUUGGAUGUCUUGGACAAAUUGUUCAUCUACCUGCGACAGGGGAAUUGUUAUCAGGAGAAGAAACUGCGACGAUCCAAAACCAACUACAAAGGGUCGGAUGUGCAUUGGUAAUUCCAUGGAGCUCGAAGACUGCACGCCAGGUGAUUGCCCUGCAGGAAUGUACGCUUGGUGUGGGAAUGACACGGACCGAUGUGGUCAGCAGUCUGGUUACGCCUUUUGUUCGAUAUAUGAAGGGGCGUAUCGUUGUGAUUGUUUGGAAGGUGUAAGGGCCAAAAGAGACCGACGCGGAAAUUUUGUGCAAUGCGAGGAUAUCGAUGAAUGUGCCAACCGUUUACAUUCGUGUGAUCCCAAUUAUCAUCGAUGUUUGAACACAUACGGGUCGUAUCAAUGUAUUUGUAGAACAGGUUUCGUUCCUUACGACGAAGGAAGCUGUAUAGAUAUCAAUGAAUGCGAAAGUGGAACCCAUAAUUGUGACCAGAAUGCCAAAUGCUACAACAACGAAGGAGGUUACUCGUGUCGUUGUAAGACUGGCUAUAGAAGCUUGGCCACCAAUGGGACCGGUUAUACUGGGGAAUGUAAAGAAUCGAGGUUGGUUCAUUUCGGAGUUUCCGCUGAUGACACCGAGGUGACGUCAUUGUCCCAAUCCACCGGUGAACGUGUAACUGAACAUCUGGCUGUACCUUCGGGUAUUCCCAUUGAGGACGCUGAGCAUAAUACGAAGCAUUGCAAAAGCGUUUACGCAUCAGAAAAUGGUUUGCUGGUGGUCUCAACUAUACCAGGAGGUGUCAAUCAAACUCGAAUAGCCACGUUUCGAAAUCCCAGCAAUAUUACGUCACUUGCUAUGACGUCAAGCAUAGAAAUGCCGAAACAUAUCUGCGCUGUCAUUGCACCAUUGUGGACUGACGUCUCUGACGCAGGAACGGGAAAGGUUUGGUAUCAACUGUAUGACAUGGAAGAACUGAUUGAAAACGAAGCAAUUCUUAACAACAACGAUUAUAGCGUCACAGAACAUAUUAACAGGAUUCUUCCUGGAGACUUUAAACCAAGAUACGUGUUCAAGGUCACGUGGGAAAGAGUCUCCCCACCGUGGCCUUCUAUAGACCAGGAAAUGACAUUCCAAUCAUUACUCGCUACUGACGGGGCUCGUACUUACAUCACCAACCUGUACGAAGACGGGGUGAUGACGUGGCGUCCUGUAUAUGACGUACCAGCAGAAAUACCACACUACCAAGCCAUUGCUGGAUAUUUCGUCAACAGUCAAACUCCUGCAUGGCGGCAACAUAGUAGCUCCGGGGAAUGGUCAGAGAGAGAUGACCCGUUUAAGGAACCGACAGUCUACAGGCUUGAUGAAGUAACGUUCAACAGCACGUCACUAGUUGGCAAAUCACUUUACAGUCUAACUCCGAACCGCACUCAAAGAAAUUCGAACGCAGCUAUGACGUGUUAUGAAUGGUAUUUGCAACAGCAUGACGUCACUCUUUCCGACCUUGACGUCAUCAACUCAUGCCCUCCGUCUGAGUCAGCUUUUCUGGAACUUGGAUUGGUAGCUUGGAGGAAGUUGGCUACUACUAAGGAAAACACAUCUUGUUAUACAUGGCGUUUUCAGUUCAUUUCAGGAGCAUCGUUUGAUUGCUGUUAUCAAUGGACGGCGGAUUCCAGCGGCCCCAUCAUCUCGGGAUUGAACGCGUUUAACGCUGGUGCCGGGUUUUAUUACGUCAACAGAACCGGGGAUGACGUCAUCAGGAGAACAUGCUGUAGCGAAACAAGAUCGAAUUACUUCUGCUCAUUGUACAGUAUAAAACGGCCACCGUCAUCAGCAAGCAAUUAUAAACCAAAAAUCGUUGUUGGAAACGACAACGGUCGCUUGGUUUCGGUUUCGGGAAAGCACCUUCAACUUGAAGGUAGUGCAGAAGUUCAGUUGUUGAGGCGUGAUGAAGACGGAGUUUCGAGAAUUAACUUCAUCGGUCGUUUGAGUGACAGGCCACAACAGACAACAUCCACAUUCACUGCACUUGCUCUUAAACUCAACAACAUCACUCUGGAGUUUUAUCUUCCUCCAUCUGAAGACGGAGAAAUAAUUUGCAUCGUAGAUGAUGAAGAAUGCGAUGAUCUUCUUAAUGAUGUUGAUCUUCGUGUUAAUUCGACUGAUUCAUAUUAUGCUAUAGCAACACGAUCUGGUCAUUUUAUCAACGUUUCUAUUGCCGAUGAUGAAGAUGGUUUGAGAUUCUUUGCAUCGUUCGAUGGUGGGGCGUUUUCAAACAAUCCUAACUCCACAUCUGGAAUUUUAAGUCAGCGUGGAAACUGCUAUGGUGCAAGACCAGUAACUGGAAAUCCACAAGUAGAGUUUCCUUGUGACCUGAAAAGUAUUGCGGAUGCUCAUCACCGUUCCGUGUACGAAGAAUCUUUCUUUUCAAGAUACCCGACUGGUAUCAAUGUGACGUCAUACUUAUCCUCUAUGACGUUGCGUCACAUCAGUCAAGGCGAACAAACAAACGAAAGACAAGUUUAUGCAGCUCAAACGAGUUCCAGUUCUGCCCAAGUAAUAGCGACCAAAGUCGCCGAUGGUUAUGACGUCAUAGUUAACGUAACAGGCGUAUCCGGUGACGUUACAACAAACUACGAUUUUUCUGCAAACAGUGAAAACGGACUUAUCCGAUUCAGAACCAACAACUUGACAGUGGUUGAAACAAUGCGUCUUAACGUGACGUCAUCGGAUGAUGGUGUGACAUCACUAAUAUUUCCUGACGUCACAUUGUGUCGUUGUGAACGAGGCACCUGCGUCACAAACAGAGAGGCCAACGGUGGAGGGCCGUUUGUGACGCAGGCAGCAUGUGAUUGUGACGUUGGAUUUGUGGGAGAGAGAUGUGAGGAGAGAGCAAGAUCAUGCAGUGAGAACCCAUGCUUUUAUGGUGUCGAGUGCAACGAGAUACAACCUUUCCAACCUCGCCCGGGAGAUGUCGCUAAGUGGUAUGAAUGUGGCGACUGUCCCGAGUCUUUGUCGAGAGGCAACGGAGAGACUUGUUACCAUGACAACCCGUGCUUGAAACCACGUGGUAGCGAGGGUUCACAUGAAUGCAUGAACGCUACAUGUCGCCAUGAAGUAUAUGGAUAUUCAUGCACCUGCUUCGAUGGUUUUCGUAAGACCGAAGAGGAAAGCCGAAUAUGUGAAGAUAUCGAUGAAUGCGCUGAAGGACAUGAUUGCAACGACACAGCAGCGGAAUGUAUUAACACUCUUGGUGGAUUCCUUUGCUCGUGCAAACUUGGUUACAAGUUAGAGCAGGAAGAAGGUGAAAGGUGUAUGGAUGACAAUGAGUGCCUCACUGAUAACGGUGGGUGCGAACGAAGAUGCGUAAACACUGAAGGAAGUUUUUACUGUCAAUGCGAGGUCGGCUACAGACUUGCUGCAGAUGGUUACAGUUGCGACGAAAUCAACGAAUGCGACGAAUACGCAAGACAACACUGUAGUCAAAUAUGUGACGACAGUAGACUUGGGCUGCCAUUUCGAUGUCUAUGUUUGGAGAAUUAUGAAUUACAAGAAGAUUACUCGACGUGUAGAAGAUUGUUCAGUACUGCUGCCCCUACGAGCGCUGUGACGAGCAACCAGCCACCAACUACGACGGAAUUGACUAUCGCCAACGCCCUUACAACACCAUUUAAAGUUCAUGACAUCACCACAACCACAGAUUCAGAAUUUCGAGUGGCCACUACAACACAACAAGUUGCAUCAACCCCUCAACCUAAGUUUACGUCACCAUCAACAACCUAUAUGAUGUCACAGGAGGUGCUGGAUGAAAUAUCGAGUGAGCUAAUGCGCGACCAGAACUAUCGGUCACUGACUGAUCAACAGAAACUAAACGCUAAGUUAGUGUUUCAAAAUGCCCUGCGGUUACUAAGCAACGGCGGCAUUUUGAGAUUAAUUAUCUUGCUAAGUCGGAUUGGUAGAUACGGAAGCGAAAGUCAAGUUUGUGCAUCUCUGUACUCUGCUGCUCAGUACGAAAAUAUCGAAGUAGAAACACUUCGGCUAGACGGUGUCCGUGAGUUCGCUAAUACUGAAAGCAGCGCAAAAGUUAUGAAAUUGAAAGUGGAUCUGGACAAAGUUACUUCAAACUCGGUGCAAGCCAAAUAUGGUUUGAAGCUGCAACUGCGAGAAAUUAAGGAGUACAUGCAACUUAUCUUACGCUGUGUGGCGCUAUGGAGGUGGUACAGCAGUUCAACAACUGAGAGUGAGCCAAACAUUGCUAGGCGAGAAGCAACCGGAAGUGAAAUGACGUCAUUACCAACCACUGUUAAAGGUAUAAAGUUCGGGAAAGUGAUUCCACCCAUGGUGCUUGUUUGGAUAAUUGUUAUUGUUUGUUUCUUAACAAUAAUUGCCUUUAUUUGUUUCAUCAUUGGAACUCGAGUUUGUUUUUCCGGGAAGUCAGAAAACAGAAAUGGGACGUCUUACAAGAAAAAGAAAAAACUGGGGGAGUGGCCAAGAAUUGUAAUGUCGCAAGAAGUCUGAUGAGCCUUGUUAAUACUUUUGUUUGUAAAUUGUGAUGCAAAACACACACUUGACUUGACUAUAGUAAUGAUUUAUUCGGUCAUCUUUUUCUUACACAUCAUGUAUUAGGUUUUAAGAAUCUAAACUGUGAUUUAAUUUUGCUGAAAUAAAAGCUGCUGUAUGAUUA